AUGGCGGAGCGCGGUCAGCUCCCUCUCCCCGCCAAGCGCCUCUGCUGCAGACCUGGCUACGGCGCCGGGUGCAGGCCAGGCCAGCGGGCGAUUGGUGGCGGCGAAGGAGGCCUGGGCGGCGGCGGCGGCGGCGCGCUAUGCGUCGCGGGACCCUCCUCCUCUGCCGCCGCCUCCUCCUCAGCGGCGAUCGCCUUCUCGCCCGCCCUCGCCGCCGCCUAUGCAGCGCUGGGGGUGCUGCCGCUGGGCAAGACGCAGAGCCCGGAGUCGCUGCUGGACAUCGCGGCGCGGCGCGUGGCGGAGAAGUGGCCGUUCCAGCGGGUGGAGGAGCGGUUCGAGCGCAUCCCGGAGCCCGUCCAGCGCCGCAUCGUCUACUGGUCCUUCCCCCGCAGCGAGAGGGAGAUCUGCAUGUACUCCUCCUUCAACACCGGCGCCGCCGCCGAGGACGCCGCCGCCAGCAACGUCUCGGUGGCCGCCGCCGCCGCCGCUCCCGGCGGGGGAUCUAGCGCCGUCGGGUCCACGGCGUACCGAAGCUGUGAUAUUCCUGUAUUGCAAUUUAACAAUAUAGGUGCUGAAUGUGAAACUUCAUCAGAGGUGAAAGUUGAGAGGAUGUUUGCAGAGCAGCAUCCCCAAUCACCUGGAAGGAGUAUGCACAUGGACACUUCCUCAGCAGGUUUCCACCUGAGUGGCACAGUGACCGAGCCUGCAGCACAAUCGGAGCCAGAAACUGUUUGCAAUGUAGCUAUCAGCUUUGAUCGUUGCAAGAUUACCUCAGUGACCUGUAGCUGUGGAAACAAAGACAUAUUUUACUGUGCCCACGUCGUGGCUCUUUCUUUAUACCGGAUCCGCAAGCCAGAUCAGGUCAAACUGCAUCUUCCCAUUUCAGAGACUCUAUUUCAAAUGAACAGAGACCAGCUACAAAAGUUUGUACAGUAUUUGAUCACAGUGCACCACACAGAAGUUUUGCCAACAGCUCAAAAAUUAGCAGACGAAAUUCUUUCUCAAAAUUCGGAGAUCAAUCAAGUUCAUGGUGCCCCUGACCCAACAGCAGGUGCUAGCAUAGAUGAUGAGAAUUGCUGGCAUCUGGAUGAAGAGCAGGUCCAGGAGCAGGUCAAACUCUUCCUCUCCCAGGGUGGAUACCACGGAUCAGGGAAGCAGCUCAACUUGCUUUUUGCGAAGGUGCGAGAGAUGCUAAAGAUGAGAGAUUCCAACGGCGCUCGAAUGCUGACGUUGAUAACGGAACAGUUUAUGGCCGACCCGCGCCUGUCGCUGUGGAGGCAACAAGGAACAGCAAUGACGGACAAAUAUAGGCAGCUUUGGGAUGAGCUAGGUGCUCUUUGGAUGUGCAUAGUCUUAAAUCCCCAUUGCAAGAUGGAGCAAAAGGCCAGUUGGUUGAAGCAGCUGAAAAAAUGGAACAAUGUUGAUGUUUGUCCCUGGGAAGAUGGGAACCAUGGAAAUGAUCUGCCCAGUCUAACCAAUGCUUUGCCUCAGGGUGCAAAUGCAAUCCAAGAUUCAUCAAACAGGUCUCACCGGACAGUGUUCACUCGAGCCAUUGAGGCAUGUGAUCUCCACUGGCAGGACAGCCACUUGCAGCACAUAAUCAGCAGUGACUUGUACACCAACUACUGUUACCAUGAUGAUGCUGAAAACUCGCUUUUUGACUCUCACGGGUGGCCCCUCUGGCACGAACAUGUGCCUACGGCCUGUGCAAGGGUGGACGCAUUAAGGUCUCAUGGCUAUCCGAGAGAAGCAUUGCGACUGGCGAUAGCUAUUGUUAAUACCCUAAGGAGGCAGCAACAGAAACAGCUGGAAAUGUUCCGGUUUCAGAAGAAAGAACUUCUCCACAAAGGAGUAACCUCUAUCACUAACCUAGAAGGCUGGGUUGGACACCCACUGGACCCAAUUGGUACUCUCUUCAGUAGCCUUAUGGAAGCCUGUAGGGUGGAUGAAGAGAGCUUCCAUGUGUUCUCAGACUUCACAGAGAAUAUGGGCCAGUGCAAAUCUCUGGAGUACUAUCACCUGCCUGUGCACAAGUUCUUAGAAGAAGGAGAGUCUUACGUAACGCUGGCUGUGGAAGUAGCACUGAUUGGACUGGGGCAGCAGCGGAUCAUGCCAGACGGCUUGUAUGCACAAGAGAAAGUUUGUCGGAAUGAGGAGCAGUUGAUUUCAAAGCUACAGGAAAUCGAACUUGAUGACACGCUGGUGAAGAUUUUUCAAAAGCAAGCAGUCUUCCUAUUAGAAGCCGGGCCCUAUAGCGGUCUAGGUGAAAUCAUCCAUCGAGAGAGUGUUCCAAUGCACACAUUUGCCAAGUAUCUCUUCACCUCUCUCCUACCUCAUGAUGCUGAACUGGCAUACAAAACUGCACUGAGAGCAAUGCGUUUACUAGUAUUGGAAUCAACAGCUCCAUCAGGAGACAUGUCUCGCCCACAUCACAUAGCAUCAGUGGUUCCAAACCGGUAUCCACGUUGGUUCACCCUGAGUCACAUUGAAUCUCAGCAGUGUGAGUUGGCAUCAACCAUGCUAACAGCAGCCAAAGGUGACGUUCGAAGGCUUGAAACAGUGUUAGAAUCUAUCCAGAAAAAUAUUCACUCCUCAUCACACAUCUUCAAGCUUGCCCAAGAUGCAUUCAAAAUAGCAACACUCAUGGACAGCUUGCCGGAUAUCACCCUUUUGAAAGUGUCGCUGGAGCUGGGUCUUCAGGUGAUGCGGAUGACACUAUCAACAUUGAAUUGGCGGCGGCGGGAGAUGGUGAGAUGGUUGGUAACAUGUGCAACAGAAGUAGGUGUUUAUGCACUGGAUAGCAUCAUGCAAAGCUGGUUUACACUUUUUACUCCAACCGAAGCUACGAGUAUCGUUGCUACCACAGUGAUGUCCAACAGCACCAUAGUCCGCUUGCAUCUAGACUGCCAUCAGCAGGAGAAACUGGCCAGCAGUGCUAGGACGCUUGCUCUUCAGUGUGCCAUGAAGGAUCCUCAGAACUGUGCCCUCUCUGCACUGACCUUGUGUGAAAAGGAUCAUAUAGCUUUUGAGACUGCUUACCAAAUCGUCCUUGAUGCUGCUGCCACCGGCAUGAGCUACACGCAGCUUUUCACUAUAGCACGAUACAUGGAACAUCGUGGUUACCCAAUGCGGGCCUACAAACUAGCCACCUUGGCCAUGACGCAUCUCAACCUGAGUUACAAUCAGGACACGCACCCUGCCAUUAACGAUGUUCUAUGGGCGUGCGCACUCAGCCAUUCCCUUGGGAAAAAUGAGCUAGCAGCUAUAAUACCUCUAGUGGUCAAAAGUGUCAAAUGUGCAACAGUGCUGUCGGACAUCUUGCGUAGAUGUACUUUGACCACUCCUGGAAUGGUGGGACUUCAUGGGCGAAGGAACUCUGGCAAGCUCAUGUCAUUGGACAAAGCCCCCCUGAGGCAACUUCUGGAUGCUACGAUUGGAGCAUAUAUUAAUACCACACAUUCUCGGCUCACGCACAUCAGUCCACGGCAUUAUAGUGAGUUUAUAGAAUUCCUGAGUAAGGCCCGAGAGACUUUCUUAAUGGCUCAUGACGGACACAUUCAGUUUACACAGUUCAUUGACAACCUAAAACAAAUCUACAAAGGCAAAAAGAAACUGAUGAUGUUGGUUCGUGAACGGUUUGGUUGACAAAAUGUGUGAAUGGGGGGAGGGGGGGAAGGACUGGGAGGGUGGUAUGUUUUUACUUGAGCCUGCCUUUGUAUCCUUUUUAACUUAAAAACCAGAGCCACACCGGUAUUAUAUGUGUAUAGUUAUAUACUGAGUUUGCAAAACUAAAUUGCAUUGUUGUGAAAGUUUGUGUAUUUUUUUUCCUUUUCCUGUUGUUGUUGUUUUUUUUGUAUGAAUGAUUGAGAGGCUUAAAAAAACAAGUUUGGUUUACACUGAGUAUAUGUUGUCAAGUGGCAAAAGCCCACAGAGCUCUCCUAUUCCUUCUGUAUACGUUCACAGCCUCAAAACAAAAUAUAUAUAUUGCAAUGGCUUUAAAAAGAAGAAGAAAACCAAACAAAAACACCUCCAUCCUGUGAUAAGUACCUCGAAUGGCUCCAGCUUUACUCCUUUGUAACUCAUCCUGACAUUUCAGCUUACUUAAAUGAACCAACCACACAGAAAUAACAAAAUAGUUUCAAAGGCUGACCCAUGUGGCUUUGCAGUGCUUGUUCAUCCAGAAGCAUGGCACACGAUUUGCUUGUGCAUGUGGAAACUUAGCGACUGUCAACAUACAUUCUCAGGGAUUUAUCUGAAAAAAAAUUAAAGAA